CGUCGACAUCCUGGAGAUGUUUUCUUUCAGACUGUUCAUGCGUGGAUUACUCCACUUCGUCCUGAUGAGACCACUGAUGAGGAAGCGACUGCUUCUGACUCCCAGUCAGAAGUUGAUGAAGGAAGCAGUAAAAAAGUGCAGGAAUCCAACCGUUCUGAAGUGGCUCAGAGACAAUUCACAGUCUGCAGACUUCUCCAAUCUUGAGGUGAUCUUUAAUUUCUUGAAAGAAAAGAUUGAAGAGGAGGAGAAAAAGGACCACGGGAACACUGUGGACAUUACAUUUAUUGCUCAUGGAUCCAUAGAAGAUGUGAUGAUUCCAGCCUGCUGUCUGCUGCCUUUGCCCUCCAUCACGGAUGUGGUUCUCUAUGCUCCCUGGAACUCCCUCUCUUCUGGUUUAGGGUACGCCAUGGCCACAGGAAGACUCAAACCCCACCACAGAGUUUUUGUCUGUAAGACAGACAGCAGCCGUGAAAUUCCUGCUCCUGACAAACUCCCCAACCACUGGAACUCCAUGAAGGAGGCUGGAGAACAGAAGAUCCCCAACAUCAGAGUCAGUCCUCUGAGGUCUGAUGAUGGAAUAUGGAAACGAUACCAAAGUCUGGUGAAAAAACACGGACCACCAGGAAGAAACCGCAUCGUGAUUCUCUUCAUCUUCCCAGAGACCAUUGGAAUCGUCCCGUUCUCUGUGGUCAGCCUCGCUCUGUCUCUGGUGCUGGACUCCUCCAGAUUCACAGCCACCGUCCAUCUAGAUUGCUGCCUUCAUGAUCAUUCUAAGGGUCAGAAGCUUGAUCGAGAGUACCUGAGGAGUCAGUACGCCUACACUGAAGACAACGUCACCAUGAAGGUUUCAGCCAAUGCGUACACUUAAUGCUGUCUGGAACAUUCCAGAUUCUUGUUUGGUUGAAAGUUUCACAUCCCUGAACUGUAGAUCCAGGAGACUUCU